AUGAAAAGGGGAAAAGCCCCAGGAGAGGAUGGCAUAUUAGUAGAUCUAUUGAAAGAUGCAGGAGAGGAACUUUACACAAGAUUGACUAAACCCCUCGACGAAAACCAGCCACGUUUAUUUAGAUUUAGAAGCGGAUGUUCAACCUUGGACCAUCUCCAUACCAUAAACCAACUUAUUGAGAAAAGCAAUGAAUUUAACAAGCCAAUAUGCCUAGCCUUUGUUGACUACGAAAAGGCCUUCGACUCGGUAGAACAAGAGGGCAUUCUAAAUUCAAUACAUGACAUAAUCCUGAUAUUAGAAACUGCUGAAGAAUUGCAAGAUAGGCUAAUUGACCUCAAUAGGGAAAGUUUGAAAGUAGGCCUUAAACUGAACAGUCGGUAUGUGUUCCCAUCUAUGACAUACGGAAGUGAAACUUGGAAACUAAAUAAGUCAACAGAAAAUAAACUAAGAAGGGCACAGAGAGCAAUGGAGAGGAUAAUGAUAGGGCUCUCACGUAGAGAUAAGAAACGGAAGAUGGGCAAACACAGUAAGAGACAUCAGACACAAGUAGAGAAACACAUGGCAGGAGAAAUGGCACAGUGGAGAAAGUCAUGGGGAAAGUAUCUGGGGGAACCUUGGGUUCGACAGGGUGGACAGGGAGGGAGUGUGAUGAAUAUGAUGUAG